AUGGAAAAUAAGACAUUUAACCUCUACAUUUCAGGUUUUGGUCCAUUCGACACUGUUACCAAGAACCCAACCACUACAAUUGUUGAGGAACUGGAUAUAGAGAAUGAAAUCAGAAAGGAUUUUGAAGACUACAACAUCAACGUUGUCUACAAAGAAGUUAUCGAAGUUGAUAUCGACUCUGUUGACGAACAACUUGAUUGCAUACAUGACAAAAUUCAAGAUUCUCUAUAUGAUGGCAGCUAUAACCUAGUCCUUCAUUUGGGGACAGACUCCUCUUCAUCGAGGAUUCAGGUUGAGAAGCAAGCAGCCAAUUGUAAAGACUUCACGAUUCCUGAUAACCAAGGAAAUCAGCCACAAGGAGAGAAGAUUGAUAGGAGCAAAGAUAUAGAACACUGACUAGCAUCCGUUAUAGAUACUUCAACAGUAGUAGCCGCCCUCAGAGCGGCAGAGUACAACUGUGUAGAGAGUAAGGAUGCUGGAAAGUAUAUCUGUAACUAUAUCUACUAUAGCUGCAUGAAUAUGCUUUCCUACACUACUAGCUGCGACAUUGUCUUCAUACAUGUUCCUUCUUUCACUACAAUCAAAGAAGAAAAACAACUUGGAUGUGUUUACGAAUUUAUCAGACAGUGGAUAACAUCUAAGGAGUAG